AUGAAAUACAAGAAUUGCCCGCAUUUCAAAAUUAAAUCUACUUUAAUCCCUGUUUCAACUCUGGAGGCGGUUGGAAAUCUGGUGAAGGCAACUACCGGUCAGAGGCGUCUGAGUGCCGACGAAGUGCAACGACUGCGACAGGAUAGAAGAGAUAGGAUGAUGGCCCAGAAAGAACGACAGAGGCUGCAGAGGGAGCAACAUCAGCAGCAACGUUUCAAACAGCAGCAGACGAAGAGGACUUUCAAGCUUAACCAGAAAGAUCCGUUUGGUUUGAACGCUUUGUCUGUUCUUGUUAGCAAUCAUGGAAUUGUAGGUGGUAUUCAAGGUGCUUUUGGUGGACAUGGGGGUCACGGUGGACAUGGAAGUCAUGGUGGACAUGGAGAUCAUGGAAAUACAUUUUCAGGUAUACAAGGUGGUCAAGGUGUCAUGAACAACCAUCAGAACACCUACGAGGUCCACGAGAACGUAGAAGAGGACACGAAUUACCAAUGGCACGGAAUCACAGCUGGAUUCGGUACAUAUUCCGGUUCUCGGCCAACCAACACUCAAAUCACGAUACAAAACAAAAUCGCUCCUAAAGACGAGAGUCCGUACAAAUAUCACUACGACAGGACACGACUGCAGCAGAAAAUUCGACCAAAUGUGGCAGAUAAAUUAGGGUACGAAGAGGAUCCUCCGAUUCAGAACAAAAUUGCACCGAGAAGCGGGAGGAUAUCCUUCCAAGAUUAG